CUGCUGGUCUCCCCGACCGGCUCAGGCAAAACCGUCGCGUUUCUGGUACCACUGAUGCAGUUGCUGCACCGCACAGUCGAGAAACUGCGCGUGACGGCGCUGAUCGUGGCGCCGACGCAGGAACUCGCCGCGCAGAUAUACGCGGUUUUGGAGGCGGAGCUGCGCCACCUGGAACUGUUAAUCGUCGACGAGACCGACAAAGUCUACAGCCUGCCUGAGACCUCAGAGCAGAUGCUCGUCGCGCGCGGCAUCGACUUCGAAGGCGUCGACCUGAUUCUGCAGCUCGCGGCGCCCUCCGACCCCGACGACUAUGUGCACCGCGUCGGCCGCACUGCGCGCGUCGGUCACGCGGGUUCCGCGUUGCUGCUGCUCGACCCGUCGGAACUCGCCUUCGCGGACGUCUAA